CCCCUCUUCUUCCACUUUUCACUCCUCUUUAUCUCUCUGUCUUUUCCCCCUUGUUCUUCUCCCCUCCGGCAGUCUCGCCGGCCCUCGGACCCAUUUCUCGCCGGAAUAUCGGACUCCCUAUUGUUCUCUCUCAUCCCUUUUGAGUGCAGAGCACUUUUUGGGUUGAAGGUCUGAGGGUUUAGCAUGGAGUGUGUUAAAGAAUAUCAACUUAGGAAUGUUAGCUCGCAUUGUUCUAUCUCGGAAAUGGAUGAUUAUGAUCUCUCAAAGCUUCUUGAUAAGCCAGAUAAACCCAGAUUAAACAUAGAAAGGCAGAGAUCCUUUGAUGAGAGAUCACUGAGUGAGUUGUCUAUUGGUUUAUCUAGAGCGUUAGAUGCAUAUGAAACAGCUUAUUCACCAGGCCGGUCUGCGUUAGACACUCCGGUUUCAUCUGCGAGGAAUUCCUUUGAGCCCCACCCUAUGGUUGCUGAUGCUUGGGAAGCUCUCCGCAGAUCUUUGGUGUUUUUCCGUGACCAACCUGUUGGCACAAUCGCUGCAUAUGAUCAUGCCUCUGAGGAGGUUUUAAACUAUGACCAGGUUUUUGUACGAGACUUUGUGCCAAGUGCUCUGGCAUUUUUAAUGAAUGGUGAGCCUGAAAUUGUAAAGAAUUUUCUAUUGAAGACACUUCAGCUUCAAGGCUGGGAAAAAAGAAUUGAUAGAUUUAAGCUUGGGGAAGGGGCCAUGCCAGCUAGUUUCAAAGUUUUACACGACCCAGAUCGUAAGACAGAUACAAUAGUAGCUGAUUUUGGUGAGAGUGCAAUUGGAAGAGUUGCUCCAAUUGACUCUGGAUUUUGGUGGAUCAUUCUUCUACGUGCGUAUACUAAGUCUACUGGAGACCUAAGUCUGGCUGAAACACCGGAGUGCCAAAAAGGGAUGAGGCUUAUAUUGAGCUUGUGUUUGUCUGAAGGAUUUGAUACUUUUCCAACUUUACUUUGUGCUGAUGGAUGCUCCAUGAUUGAUAGAAGAAUGGGGAUUUAUGGUUAUCCUAUUGAAAUCCAAGCACUCUUCUUUAUGGCACUGAGAUGUGCCUUGGUGAUGUUGAAGCAUGACACGGAAGGGAAAGAGUUCAUUGAGAGAAUAGUAAAGCGCUUGCAUGCGUUAAGCUUUCACAUGAGAAGUUAUUUCUGGCUUGACUUCCAACAAUUAAAUGACAUAUAUCGCUAUAAAACUGAAGAAUACUCACAUACUGCAGUAAAUAAGUUUAAUGUUAUUCCAGAUUCAAUUUCAGAUUGGGUGUUUGAUUUUAUGCCAACACGUGGUGGUUAUUUCAUUGGCAAUGUUAGUCCUGCAAGAAUGGAUAUGAGAUGGUUUGCAUUGGGAAAUUGUGUUGCUAUUUUAUCUUGUCUAGCUACUGCUGAGCAAGCUGCUGCUAUUAUGGAUCUUAUAGAGGCUCGCUGGGAAGAGCUUGUUGGGGAAAUGCCUAUGAAAAUAUGUUAUCCUGCAAUAGAAAGUCAUGAGUGGAGAAUUGUUACUGGCUGUGAUCCAAAGAAUACAAGAUGGAGUUACCACAAUGGUGGAUCUUGGCCAGUGCUUUUGUGGUUGCUAACGGCUGCAUGCAUCAAGACCGGACGAAUACAAAUUGCUAGACGUGCAAUUGAUCUUGCUGAGAGCCGUUUGCUCAAGGACAGUUGGCCUGAGUACUAUGAUGGCAAACUUGGUAGAUUUAUUGGUAAACAAGCUAGAAAGUUCCAGACAUGGUCAAUCGCCGGAUAUCUGGUUGCAAAGAUGAUGUUAGAGGAUCCUUCACACUUGGGGAUGAUUUCUCUUGAAGAAGACAAGCAAAUGAAGCCUCUGAUUAAGAGAUCCUCCUCGUGGACCUGCUGACAAACCUGAGAGAAGCAAGAAAACUGCAGAAAGUAGUAGAGAAAAAUUAAAGGUGAGAGAACAUUUCUUUCUGACAAAAGAACUAGUAAUUCUUUGGCAACAUAUCUCGUUCUAGCCUUCCUUAUUAAGUUUGGUUUUGUGUACAUUAGCAAAUUUCAGAGCAUCUUGCUUUUCAAAUAAAAACUGCUUUUGAUAUUUGUCAUUCAUAA